AUGCAUCUUCUAGGACAGGCAUUGUUAGGCAUCUAUGAAGAUGAGUUCGAGGGGAUCCAUCCUGCAACUCUGCAGCGCUAUUAUGGUAUUCAUGGCAGAGAGACAAUCCGCCAUCUCAAUCAGACAGGUGCUGGCCACCCAAAUGAUGAGUUAGAGAACGAGGAAGAUGGUGUUAUUCAUCGUAUUGAGCAGGAUCAAGCAAACAAUGUCCAACAUGAUGCCAUUGAGGUUCCUGAUGGUAAUACCCCUUUUCUGAAUGAAGAUGAUGAAAAUAUAUUCUUCGAGAUACUCGACGAGGUUAUUACUGAGGGUACCAUACCAGUGGGAUAUAAUUUGCAGGAGGGUGAGGAUGACUAUGACGAAAACACAACAGAACAUCUACAAGUCGGUAGAUGGAGGGAGAUAUAUGUUGAAGUAUCUUUGGCAGACCCUAUCUGGAGGACUCAUUCAAUGCUAUGGGCUCAGGCAGUUAGUGUGCUAGAGCAUUUUGAAGCAGAUGUAUUUUUCUAA